CAACAAGUGCGCAUGCCAACGUGUAACAUCCUGUGAAUUUGCACCAAGAUGGGUACCAACAACAUGUUGGCGUUUGCUUUAUUUUCUGUUAUUUCUGUGGCAUCAGGUUUAUAUUUUCACAUCGGCGAGACAGAAAAGAAAUGUUUUAUCGAAGAAAUUCCAGAUGAAACUAUGGUUGUCGGUCAUUAUAAAGUAGAAAUGUUUGACAGAAAUGUCAAUGAUUAUGUACCAACAGUCUACGGACUUGGUAUGCAUGUAGAAGUCACAGAUCCUGAGGAUAAAACUAUCAUGUCACGGGAUUACCUCCCCUCUGCCCCGGGGGUGGGCAUGUUGGUUGAGGUCAAGGACCCCGAGGACAAAGUAGUCCUGUCCAGGACGUACGCUGCUGAUGGCCGCUUCACCUUCACCUCUCACUCAGCAGGGGAACAUGUGAUCUGUCUACACUCUAACUCCACGGCCUGGUUCUCCAGUGGCCAGUUGAGAGUCCACAUGGAUAUCCAGGUUGGAGAACAUGCCGUGGAUUACUCCCAAAUCCAGGCCAAGGACAAAUUAUCCGAACUCCAGCUGAGAAUCCGACAGCUGCUGGAUCAGGUGGAGCAAAUUACUAAAGAACAAAAUUAUCAGAGGUAUCGUGAGGAGCGUUUCAGACAAACAUCAGAGAGCACCAACCAGCGAGUGCUAUGGUGGUCUAUAGCCCAAACCGUCAUACUUCUCAUCACAGGAUUCUGGCAGAUGAGGCAUCUCAAGAGCUUCUUCGAGGCCAAGAAACUUGUAUAGUGUUUAGGGUUCUAAUAUGUAUAGGAUUUAUUAAUUAUUUUUCAAAGAUUUCCCCUUUAAAGUCCUUAAAAAAACACCUAUUUAUAAAAUAUGAGUUUGGGAAACAGUUUUUGCACUUAAUAAGGAAUUUUUUUUUGAGUCAAGUGGAAACUACACAGAUGAAAAUAUCGUACAAAAACAUGUCAUAAAAUUGGUAUAUUGUUAUUCUCAAAUUCAUAUAGAAUGAAAUAUUAGGAAGCAAUCAAGAGAAUAUAAGCAGCUAUAUUUUAAUGCACUGUCAGAAUGUGGCAUGUUUUACCCAAUUCUUUGAUAUUUUUUCUCUCUGAGGUGAAAGUUUUUUUUUUUUCAUCGUUAUGAAAUAACUUGUCAUAUUUAUUACAUGUACAUAUAUAAUAGAGACUUUUGGGUAAAACUGCAAAAUCAUGAAAGUGCAGGUUUAGUGUGAUGUGUUUGUGUGUAAUGAAUGAAUGGAAGGGAGAUUUCGUGAAAAUGAUUGCAUUUGUUUCAUAUUAGAUAUAAUACAGAUAUAAAUGCACCUAUUUUAUAAUUUUCUUGUUGUAACCUUUUGGGGAAUAUUGGUUAUUUUUAAGUUCAAGUUCUGAAAUGCAUUGCAUCAGAUGCGCGCUUUUUAAAUUACAUGUAGUUAUGUUUUUUUAAAGAGAUUUACUAUUAAAAAUACUUCUUUUUGGUUAGAAAUUUCUGUGAUAGAAAAUGAAACAGUCUUGUUGUCAAAGCAUUUUGAAUAUACAUUGUAUAUCAUAUUUGAAAAUCGCAUGAGAAGUUAUUUAACAUUUCAUCAUCAUUCCCUUGUCACUGAUGAUUAUUACGUGAGAGGAUGUCUUGGUUACUGAGAUAGCUUUGAGAACACAUGCUUUAUGUUCAUAAACUGUUCAAUUUAUUCUUUUAUUUGCGGUGUGAAUGUUCGACUUGUAAUAAAUUUCUUUAAGGAGA